GAAACUUGAAAGUGUUUUGUGCAGCUAAUUCCUUGACGUACCAUCUAUUGACGAUUUAAAACUUUGCUACGGAAUUUCUAAUAGCUUAUCCCAAAAGUUCACUUGAGACGUAGUGUUUGUGUAUAGAAGUAAUGGAUGCUCGUGAUUUGUUUAAACGACUGUCAGCUGGUGCAAAAUUCGACACAAACAGAUUCAAGAACGAUGCUCUGAAAUUUAAGCUAGCUAAAAACCAACAUUCUACUGACAGUCUAUCGACUACUUGUGUGAAUAAUUCCAAUGCAGAUAAUGAAGCAAUACAAACACAACAAGAUACUGAAAAAGAGAAUGGCAUAACUAAACUUAAUAACAAAAUGGUGGCUUUGGAUGAUAAGAAAGUGGACCCCAGAGCAGAAAUUAAAGCGUUACGUCGUGAAAGGAAAAGGAAAAUUAAAACACCAAAAGAAUUAGCUGCACUAAAGAAGGAAGAAAUCAAGAGAAAGAGGAAUGCACAUCAUAUCCAUGUUCAGGGCAGUGACAUUCCAACUCCAGUUGAAACGUUUGACGAGCUGGCAGAGCAGUUUAACAUCAAAGAAGAACUCAUUGCAAACAUACGCGCACGUGGAUAUUUGGUUCCUACUCCGAUUCAAAUGCAAGCCCUUCCUUUAAUGUUGAAGAAAAGAGAAAUCCUGGCUUGUGCCCCGACCGGAUCUGGAAAAACCGCCGCAUUUUUGGUGCCUAUUAUACAUUGCCUAGGUACUCCACAGAGAAAAGGCUUCAGGGCAGUAAUUGUCUCACCCACACGCGAGUUGGCCAAUCAAACACAUCGAGAGUGUGUUAAAUUAACUGAAGGAAUUGGUUUAUGUUGUCACGUCAUAGACAAUGUUGGAAAAGCUGUGCAAAAAUUCGGGCCAAAAUCAUCUCAACGAUUUGACAUUCUCAUCACAACACCGAAUAGGCUGGUUUUCCUUUUAUCGCAAGAGCCACCAGCUAUUUCACUUAAGAAUGUCGAAUGGUUGAUUGUAGACGAAUCAGACAAGUUGUUUGAAGAAGGUCGACAAGGUUUCCGUGAUCAACUAGGAGCGAUCUAUCGGGCCUGUGAUUCGCAACAAAUUAGACGAGCAUUUUUCAGCGCUACUUUUGCAUUUGACGUGCAAGAAUGGUGCAAAUUAAAUCUCGACAAUGUCGUUAUGCUGACCAUUGGACAGAAGAAUUCAGCUUCCGAAAAGGUUGAGCAACAAUUGAUUUUUACUGGAAGCGAAGGUGGAAAGCUAAUGGCAUUCCGUAAUCUGAUUGUCGAGGGCCUUACUCCACCAGUUCUAGUGUUCGUCCAAACAAAAGAACGAGCAAAAGAACUUUAUACUGAAUUGGUAUAUGACGGCAUCAAUGUCGAUGUCAUUCAUGCCGAGCGAUCGCAACUCCAACGUGACAAUGUGGUGAAAAGUUUUCGUUCCGGUCAAAUUUGGGUGCUCAUCUGUACAGAACUUAUGGGCCGUGGUAUUGAUUUCAAAGGUGUGAACCUAGUAGUAAAUUAUGACUUCCCUCCAUCCGCCAUCAGCUACAUUCAUCGUAUCGGUCGAACGGGGCGCGCUGGUCGCCCAGGAAAAGCUAUAACUUUUUUCACGGAGAAUGAUGCGGGUUAUCUGCGCAAAAUUGCCACAGUCAUGCGGAAUUCUGGGUGUGAGGUACCAGAUUACAUGCUACAAAUGAAGAAAACAUCUAAGAGCGAAGCCAAGAAAAUGGCCCGGAAUAUUCCUACUCGAAAAUCUAUCUCUACGGAACCCAUCCCCGAUAAGAUAAAGCGAAAAAAACGUGAGCGAAUAAUAGCCAACGUUAGGAAGACUAAGCAAAAGGCACAACAAGGAUUACCGUCCAAAAGAGCUAAAAUAACGACUAAUGGUGUGUGAUAUACCUGAUGCAUCCUUGAUUUUCUAUAAAAUACAAUCCUUUGUGAAAUUUUA